AUGCCUCACUCUACAGAGCUUCAGAAGGCAUUCAUUCAAUUGGAUGUCGUGGUUGUUGGGGCAGGCCUUGCAGGUCUCGCUGCAGCGGUGUCAAUCUCCCUCUCUGGUCACCGCGUGACGGUAAUUGAGUCAGCCAAAGAACUGCUCGAGGUCGGCGCAGGGUUGCAAGUGACUCCCAAUUGCACUCGCAUCCUCCAGAGGUGGGGGCUCCCAGAGAGACUAUGGCUCAGUGCCGCCGAGCCUAGCGCUCUGACCGUUCACCGAUACUCCGGUAAGGUUCUUGCUAAAGAGGAGAGCUUCGAUAAGAAGAUGCGCAGCAAGUACGCUGCUCCGUUCAUCGGUCUACAUCGCGUUGAUUUGCAACUCUCGCUAUACGAGAAAGCCAAAGAGUUAGGCGUUGGGUUUAAGCUUGGGGAGAAGGUCGUCAGUGUUGACUUCAAAUUGCCCAGCGUGACAACCGAGUCUGGCUUCACAAUGAGGGGAGACCUCGUAGUCGCAGCAGACGGAUUGUGGUCACGAUGCCGCUCAAAUUUCUUUGGAACUGACGAUAUGCCUCGACCCACUGGGGAUCUGGCGUAUCGAGUCGUGCUAAACUUGCACCAGCUUGAUGACCCUGAGCUUAGGUCUUGGGUCAACAACCCGACCGUGCACUUUUGGAUCGGACCUGGGACACAUGCUGUGGGCUAUUCCUUGCGCGGUGGGACGAUGUAUAACAUCGUUUUACUUGUCCCCGAUGAUCUCCCUCCAGGAGUCAGUCGACAGCCUGGCUCAGUCGAAGAAAUGCAGGCACUUUUCAAGGACUGGGACCCCAUUCUUGGAAGAUUUCUGAGUGUGGUCGACCAGGUUGAUAAGUGGAAGCUGAUGCAUAGGGAGGAACUUCCUUCUUGGGUCAACGAGAAGUCAAACUUUGUUUUCGUUGGCGAUGCCUGUCACCCAAUGCUACCGUAUCUAGCCCAGGGCGCCAACUCUGCUGUCGAGGAUGGUGCUGUAUUAGGUCUUAUCUUGGGUCACUUGAGAUCGAAAGACCAGUUACCCAAAGCUUUGAAGAUGUACGAAGACUUGCGCAAAACCCGGGGUGAUGCUAUCGUCAAGGAAACUUUCAAGCAGCGAGACUCCUUUCACCUGGCAGACGGCCCAGAUCAGGAAGCGCGGGACAAGAUCUUCCUCUCGCAGCUCGGCAAGUCGCAGAUUCAAGGGGCCUUCCCUAGCAAAUGGACCUGCCCCCAAGUUCAGCCGUGGCUCUAUGGCUAUGAUGCUUUUGAGAUUGUGGAAAAGGCGGUCCUGAAAGAUCCGUUUAUUUAG